AGCGGAGUGGCUAGGCAGGGCGAGUAGGGGGCCAGAUGAGACUUGUGCUAGAUCCUUAUUCUACGGGCUCUCUGGCGCCCGCUUGUGGUCUCUGUGUAACACUGACAUUGAUCUAGAUUGCUGACAACCGGAAGGCGGCCAGUGUAGCCUCUCGCUUUUUCCAUUUAUCUCUUUCUGGCGAGAAGGUGGUGCGGAGAUUCGCAUCCACAACAGCCUGCAUUCACUCCUCUUCGCCUAAAAUGUCUAAGAUGGAUAUUUUAAACUCCUAUUUGACGGAGCGCUUGGCUGUAGCCGUGAGGGAGAUUCUGGAGGCGGUGGAAGCCACGGUGACGGAGUACCGCCAGGAGACCGCGCAGACCCGGAUCGAGAACGAAAAACUCCGAGGGCAGCUUAGGGACGCGCUGAGCAGGGCCGAGACUGGAGGACAAGAAACAGUCCACAAUGCAUCCAAGACUGUCUUAGAAGAAAUCUCUCCUUGUGGGGCAGAGAAGUGGAGCUCCAGCCUUGAGCAGAGAGAAGAACUUCAAGAGGUGCAGGAAAACGAAACUCAAUGCCAGAAAUGGAGUGAUGGUCCAUUAAAUGAGAAGGGCCCACAGAUACUGGUACCAGUUUGCAAAGAAGAGAGAUAUACUCUUAAAUUGGGAUCCCACACAGAGUCUCUAACUUCUGUAGACGUUCAAGGGCACAACUCUCAGCAGGGCUUAGAUGUGUCCUUACCUGUUGUGAAACUGCACAGGGUAAAAAUUGAACCAGAGGAGACUGAAAUUCCCGUAAGUUUGCCAGACACCGACGUUCCUACACACACUGGCCAUUCAUACAGCCCUGAAACCUCUCAGAGGACGGUUAGUCCUAGCAGAGGCUGCCAGAAUGCCCCUCUCUCAGGCACAUACAUGCCAGACCGAGAAGCACCUCACAGCGCUGCUCAACCGAAACUCCCAAGCUGUUCAGAGAAAGUGACUGGUGAAAUCCAUGGAGAUGCACAGUAUAAGUGUUCACAUUGCAGGAAGACAUUUAAGGAGCUGAAGAGGCUGCAGACACACCAGCAGGCUCACGAGCGAGCCUUCGGCUGCAGCUGGUGUGGCAAGGGCUUUUACCAGUCGGCUGACCUCCGGCGGCACCUGCGCACGCACACAGGUGAGCGGCCCUACCGCUGCACCUGGUGCUCCAAGAGCUUCAGCCAGAGGAGCAACCUGCGGAGACAUGUGCGCAUCCACACAGGAGAGCGGCCCUACCAGUGCACUCUCUGCUCACGGAGCUUCAGCGACGGCCACACACUGAAGAAACACCAGCGCAAACACUACGAAGAACGCUACUGCUGCUCACUCUGUGACCAGAGCUUCACAGUGGCUCGGUCACUACAGCUUCACCUGCUAAAGCAACACCUGAUAGAACAAAGACAGUAAAAAUGAAAGACAGAUGGGUUUUUAUAAACAACGUGGGCUAUGCAUAUCUGUUAUACUUAUUGAAAGACUAAAUAAAAUUUUCAGAGAUUUCCAUUUCCAUGACAUGUCAUUGCUAAAUGGAACAGAAAUACUUGUGGAAGUACUCUCCUUUUUCUUUGUUAGCAGUGGUACAGUAUUGUGAGAAAUUGAAUACAUCUUCUCUAAUAAACAUUUGGCUCUUUCAAAGGGCCAAUAUCAUGGAAAACCGAA